AGUUAUGCGUGUGCGCUCUGAUUGGUUGUUUCGAACAGCGCUGCUUGCCCAGCAGUAGUUACAUUCCAUGGCGUUGAGGAACAACAACUUUGGAGAAUGCUGGUUAACUGACAUCCCACGCUACAGCGUUACUUUUCAACAACUUUGUAUGUGUUUCUGGUUCAACUGGAUGCCUGAACUAGCCAUUUGACAACACUUUAACGCUCUGGAGAAAUCUUCUUUGACCGCUGAAUGAAGAGGUGAACGUCUCUUGAGCUCAAUGAUGGCAGUUCAGGCCGGGCUUCAGUCGUGGUUUGAGAGGUUCGACUCUCCCGUCCAGAGACCGCUUAGUCCCCUGACCGGGCGCCAUGGCCCUGGUCUGGCAGACGUUAACCAGUUCGACCAGUGGCUGGCUGUGCGGCACGAGGCCACCCUGGUGCCCAUGCAAGAGGACCUGGCCAUAUGGCUGACCGGCAUGCUGGGAGAUGAGGUGCGCGCAGAGCACUUCAUGGAGGAGCUGCAGAAUGGUGUGAAGCUGUGCCGCUUGAUCGGAGUGCUUCAGACCAAAAUCUCCCAGAGCUGCCCCUCGGACAAGUGGCAGCACUUUCCCAUGAAGAAGGUGCCAUUCAAGGCGGUCGCCUCUCCUGGGUCCUUUUUCGCCCGCGACAACACGGCCAACUUCCUGAGCUGGUGCCGCCAGAUCGGAGUGGACGAGACCUACAUGUUUGAGUCUGAGGGCCUAGUUCUGCAUAAGAAUCCUCGGCAGGUAUGCCUGUGUCUACUGGAGAUUGGCCGAAUCGUAUCCAAGUAUGGAGUGGAGCCGCCGGUUCUCGUGAAACUGGAGAAAGAGAUUGAACUGGAGGAAACUCUGCUGAUGACGGGAGAACCAGCCCCUGCUGUCAAAACCUUCACCGUCUGUUGUCAGCACGGCAGCCUUUACCAAGGCGACCAUGACAUGAGCGACGACCCCCCCUGUAACUGUGCCCAGAGAGUGUCCAUCGAGUAUCUCUCGGAGGGCCGUUACCGACUCGGAGACAAGAUCCUCUUCAUUAGGAUGCUCCACGGGAAGCAUGUGAUGGUGCGGGUGGGUGGGGGCUGGGACACGCUCAAGGGCUUCCUGCUCAAGAACGACCCGGGCCGCGUGCUGCAGUUCACCACCCUGGAGCAGAAGAUCCUGGCCUACCAGAAGGGGUCAGCAGGCCCGGCCCUGACCACUCAGCAGGUCCAGCCUCCCACCAUGGACCCUCUGGCCGCUGUCGCACUCUCCGAUGCUUCAUCCACAACCUCCUCUUCCUCGGCCUCGUCUUCCUGCUCGUCGUCGGCGGCGACCUCGAAGGCCCCGACGCCCGGGCACUGCACGCCGCGCUCCUACGCCGCGUCCCCGGCGUCCACUCCGACCUUGCCGAGGAAGGCGCCGGUCCCCAAAAAAGUCUUCCAGGCGACUCCGUCAUCGCCGAAGAGAGCCCCGCAGUCUCCGGCGCUCGUCCCCAAGAAAGCGGCCGCGCCUCAGCUGCCUCCGUCUACGCCUGUGCCGUCCGGCGGAGUGGUCACACGGAAGGUCCCCGCCUCCUCCAAGCUGAAACUCCGCCAGGCGCCCAACGGGACCCCACCGGUGCCUCGCAGCCCCGUCUGCGCCGAGCCCACCCUCAAGCACCCCAAAUCGGCCCCGGUGACGCGCCGGGCCGCCGUGCUGAACCAGCGACCCGGGACCGGCCAGAAGGACGGGAAGCCUCCGGUGGCCCCCCUGCGCUCGCGUCUGGACCAGCGCCGUGGCUCGUCCCCCGUGUCACGGCUCCGCCUGGACGGGCGCGCUCGCCGGCCCCUCUCGCCGCGGCCCAUCACCUCUCGGCCCGCCAGCCCGGCCAGCUGCGCCUCCUACGACUCCAAGUCCUCCUCCUCGUCCCCCGCCCCACGUCCCAGAGUGCAGACCCCUACCUCACGGACUCGCAUCCCCGCGGCCCGGCCCUCCCCGCUGACCAAGGCCAAAGAACCCGCCGGCAAGAGCCCAGCCUCGUCCCGCCCCGGGACCCCUGUCCUAGCUGCUGUAGCUCGCUCGACCCCGUCCAGGCAGACGCCAGUCAACUCGCCGCGACUGCCCGUCAGAAAGCAGCCUCUGGCCAGCCAGCCUGCUCAGAAGCCCGAAGCCCAGCAGAACGCAGCGGUCAAACCAGGCCUCAAAACGCCCCCCGUCUCCCAGAAGGUCACACAGCGGACUAGGCCAGUGAAGAAGGAGGAGCCGUACUUUGAGAUGAACAGCAGGAGGAGGCAGCAGCAGAAGUGCUAAGCGUCAGCACAAUCUCAGCACAGGCAGACUCCUCCUCUGGCUUCAUGGGAAUCCUUAAGAUUAGCCGACCAGGUAGUGAACAAGCACUUGUGAGACACAGAGGUGUUUUCUCACGCUCACACCACAUUACCAACUUUUGAAGCGACAUUGUCUGUCUAUCUGUCUGUCUGUCUGUCUGUCUGUCCAUUUGAUUUUAUAUUUGUGUUUAAUUUAUUUUGUUAUGAUUUUAUUUGUGCCAUUAUCAAAAGGGUCAAAGAGGUAAAACCUCUGCAUUGUUUGGACAUAAUCUUUACCAAGUGCAGGAGUGGGAAUGCAUGAACACAAAACAUCUGAUUUUUAUAUCAAAAGCACAAUCACCGUAACUUUCACAAGACCUUAACAUUCCACUGAGAUCUGUUACUGCAAGGACAUCAGAGACUGCUAGAGACUGUUUUUGUAGGUAUGUGCGUAUGCUAGUGAGCAACCACCCUAAACAGCUUUGGCUGUCCUUGUGUACAUUUUUUACAACUUCUCUCAACCCGACUGUUUCAAAAUGGAAAUCAAGUCCAGCCUCUACGGAAUAUACCCUGCUCAGUGGUUGUGUAAAACGUUACGACACUAUCAGAAGCAAUACUCAAAUCCAUGGUUGGUGAGCAACGAACUUGACUAGUCCAUGGUCACAAACGUUUUAUACAUGCCAAAGACUUCAUGAAUCAAAUCUGUAUUUUUAAACUAUUUGGUGUUGACUCAAUAUUUCCCUGUCAACAGUAUGUACUAUCUCUACUGGUCUUCCUGUCAGUGACUUUGCUAACGUGUUUUUGCUAGAGUGAGUAGGAAGUUCAUGGUGUGCCUUUUUUCCAAAUGGUAGAAGAGGGGAUUGUAGAGUGUUUCCAGGGGGUGAUUGGGUGAGAUGGGACCUUUUUUAACCUACAAACAUGUUACGAUGUCAGUUGUCUUGUCAGUAGCCAAAACUAAUCCUCACAAAGUAGCCUACCUUGACGGAUCAUUUGAACCUUUUCUACGUAAAAUGUAUAAGCUUGGCUUGAUAGCAAACGUGGUCAUGAGUGGUGGGAUUGAUAUCCAUAGAGUACUUUUGUGUAUGUUUUAUAUAUGAAGCUCUUUGUCAUAUUUGCAGUUGGUCAAGUUUGUUUGUGUGUGAGGUAGUAUUAAAGCUAAGGAUGAAAGUGGCACAAAACGGAAGCAUUCAUCAGCAUUUGAAGACUGCAGGACUGGUUUACUUUUAUUGAGGACAUACUACUGAUUUGACAUAUUAAAAGUUUAACAAAUAGCCUACAUGGAUAGUAUCCGUUCAUGCCAAACGCUAAUAAAUAUAUAUCGUCCAGUAUCACAGAGCUGAAAUUUAUUUAUGAAACUGAUUUCUCAAAAUCUUUAUUUUUAAUUUUCUUGAUUCUAUGUGUGUGUGUGGAAGUGGAUGUUGACUGUUGUUUGGUUAUAUCAACACUUUGUGUGUUUUUAUUUUAUUUUUUUAAGUGUCAUUGCAAUACUCUUGAGUAUGUCAACCUUUUCCAGCACUUUAAGAAAACCCCUUGUCAUGAAUGUAGAGUACUGUCUCCAACUUUUGUGUGUUUGAGUGUGCGUGAUGUCAAAUAAAAGAGCUGAUUUAA